CCAGAAGCAGGGAGGAACUGUCUCCCCGCGCCUGUUCCAACUUGUUGCGAUAUCUACUCCCCCCCUCCCUCAAGGAGCAGUACGCGAACCUACCCGACUCUAAAUUCCCCAUGAUUACGGCUCAGUGAAGUCAGAUCAAACCAGUAUGUCGUCGCGUGCAGAUGCAACGCUGCCUGCCACACGCAGGUCGCGCAAGUCAGUUGGCGGCCAGUCGCCGUCGCGAAAACCAGCGGAUAAGGAGAACGCCACGAUCGAUGUUGGAACUACUCUGGCCGCUGGCAGGAAGAAAUCACGAAGCAAGAGCAUAGGGCCUGGUGGGUUAGAUGUUCUCAAAGCCGGGACUGGGAACCGAAGAGUUUCUCUUGCAGCCCCUUUGCGCCCUCCUCCCCCAAGGUCAAUCCUAAAGCAAACGAUCGCAUUGCUGCCGGAAAUCCCGCCUCAUAAACCCAAGAGCUCGACAACCGAGGGCAGCAAUGCCGGACAAGCAACCAAUUCGCCAAGUGAUAAUGAGCUCUCGGGGCCUGGAACCAAGGUUGCUCUACGUACCGAGGAAGAACAACAAGCUGCCGCCCGAGCGCGCGAGGAAAAGGAACGCGCUGAAGCUGAGAAGGAGGCCAAGAACAGGCGCGAGGCGCGUCGCAAGUCGUUGGCCAACCGCCGAGUAUCCUUCGCCGCGGAGGCAACGCUACACACGUUCCACGAGGUUGAAUACAUGCAAGAUUCCACCACUUCUACAGAAUCGACACGUCGUGCAUCGUCGGUCGCCGCGCCAUCUCCAGCUUCGCGGACGCAGGACUACCUAGGAUCUGAUGCUUCAGAGCCGCCGUCAACACCCCCAGGACCGGCUGACGGGUCCGAGAGAGAUGCCCAGCAAAAGAAGCGACGCCGUAGUUUGGGUAUCCCGCCACUGAACUUCAACAACCCAGAAGACGACACUUUGAGCUCUACAGUCUAUAGUUCCGACUCGGAGCAUGCUGACGGCGUCGAGGAGAUCCACGGAGAAGAAGUCUCAGGCUCCGACUCCGACUCAGACGUGGAAGACGGCACCGUCAUGACUGUUGAUGCUGACGAAAUGACAUCCGCAUCCAUCGCGUCAGUUCAAUCAACGUCGGCGGCGAGUGACUCCACUUCCUUGGAUGAGAAUCUCCGACUUGCAGCCCAGAUGGCAGCCACCCAGCAGCUUGACGAAGAAGAAGAAGCAAUCCCCGCAUUCGCCGGCUGGGGAAAGAAGAGCAAGGUUCCUCAGUAUGCUCUUCCCAAUUUGCAAGCAAACGAACCACGUACUUCUCAGCAAAGCCCAGUCGAGCGAGAAGACGGGACGCAGAUGGAUAUGGACAUGGAUAUGGACACGGAUAUGGACACGGACAUGGACAUCACAGGCGCCGUCGGCCGUAUUAUUCAUCAACAAGCUACAUCCCCUCAAGAUGGCCAGGAUGAGGACAUGUCGAUGGAUGUGACUCGAGCAAUGGGCGGGAUCAUCUCACAAACCCGGCCUCCAACACGAGUGCAGUCCAAGCUCAGCCCGGAAAAACAGGUUGACGACGAAUCUUCACUCGGCGAAGAAACCAUGGACCUCACCACGGCGGUUGGUGGUAUUCACAGUGGGAGACCCUCGGGCGCAAGCCAUGUAGACCUUGAUGGGAAUGAGGACAUGUCUAUGGAGUUGACCACGGCAAUCGGAGGCCUCUUGUUGCCCAAGAAGGUUUCAGCCCAGACUCGACGACGAACCAUUUCUGCCCCGGACAACGCCGAGGACGACGAUGCGACAAUGGAUAUGACGGUGGGCGUCGGUCGUAUUCUUCUGGCCUCAGGCGGGAAAGGCGAAGAUGACGGCGCAACCAUAGGCAUGGACAUGACAAUGCCUUUGGGUGGCAUCAUCAAGCCAUCGUCGAGCCCAGUUGCACGAUCGAUUGCCAAGAAGGUCAUGGAGCAAGAGGCUGAUGAGCCGGACGCUCCGACCGCCGCGCCCGUUGAAGCCAAAUCGUCCCCUACGAAACAGGCCUGGACAGCAACUGACGAAGUAGGGAGUCCAAGCAUGGCAGGAUUCCGUGGAAAGGGACUCCGUCGCACACCUGCACGCGCUGCUUCGAGUAACCGCAAAUCCCCAAAGGCUGGGGCGGCUACUGCGCCGAAAGUUUCCACUCCGUCGAAGAAGGUCUCGUCUGGAGCACCUACUGAGGCUUCACCAAGAGCGCCUCCCCCACGGAUGAUCAGUAGCAGAUCGAGCUCUCCGGAGAGGCAAAUGUCGCCUAAACACCUCAGCACCCCUCAAUCUUCUUCCAAAGCGAAAUCAAAGGAUACCUCCGUCUUCCACCAAGAUCCUGCCACGGGAGCCACGACGCCACGAGUCGUAUUGACACCUCAGAGACGCCGCCUGUCUGGCAUUGGCAUUGACCGAUCCGGACUAGGCUCACCAAAGAUUGCCGAAAUGUUCGAUCGUCGUGAUUCCAUUGGAAACUCGGCCGAAGCAUUUAUCCCAGGCCAAGGCAAAGCAGUCCGCAGAGGUGUCGCCUUUGCUGACCCACGGGAGAUGGAAGGAGAAAUCGACCGCGAACGACAAGAAGACGAGGAAAGAGAGAACAGGCGGAAAAUCCUUGAGAGGGAGGCGGAUGGCUCGCAGGAUGAGGGGGACGCCACUGUUAAUCUCAUGGAAAUGAUCGAGGGGCUCACUCCGAAGAAGAACCCACUGAAAGGCCGCAAAAGUCUGCAUGUUGGAAGCGCAAGAGGACUCCUUGGCAAGCGUCCGUCCGAGUCGGACGACGAUGACGAAUGUGAGGAACGGGACGGCGUAAAACGACUUAAGGGGCACCAAGGAAGUCCUGUCAAGAACGUCAAGCUGCGGUCGCCGCCAUCCAAAGCCGAGACAACCGGCCGGGCGAUGCGGUCAAGCAGGAAAAGCACGGAACCGACAAGUGAUAACACCGUCACUCCUACCACUGCGCAGUCACCCACCAAGACGACCACGCCGAGGGGCCAAGGGCGUUUCAAGACGAUUGAUAACGACCAGCCAUCGACAGCCAUCGACUUUGACCAUAACAUGCCUCACGACGAAGCCGAAGCAGAACAGAGUGACGGUGAGGAACGAAUCCACCUGCAAGACUUCCUGAACAUGACGAGCAUUCGCUUCAUGGAGUUGACGACCACAAAACGCCGACAUACCGUGGCACCAAAUGCCCUGCUAGAUAGCGAAUCUGCAGAUGGCAAGGUCGACUUUUCGUUGGAGAGUUGUGUGGUUGCGGGCGCAUGCACCGUCCCGAUGUUGGAGCUGUACCAGCACUCUUGCCGUGAACUGAAGAACUAUAUUUCCGAAGGGAGACGGAUUGUCCGGGAGAUCGAAUCCGAGACUUUUGAAGAGAACCCGCCUCUCUUCCGCGAAUACAUGUCCGCCUCUCCAGAGUUCAAAGUCAUCAUGGACAACCAGUUCAAGAAUGUCAAGACUCACGCCCGCCUGCUGAGCAAAGCCAUGUGGUACGAAUGGCGUAUGAAACUCCAGGACGGCCUCAAGGAGGGGCUCGUCAAGAUCGCAGAGGGCAUGGCGGCAGAUGACGAGAUCCUAACCAAGCAGGAGAAGCUCUUGGCCUCGGUUGUUCCGGAGAUGGUGCGGCGAUACGAGUCUCUGGAGCGGGAGCGUGAGAACCUCGAGGCCGUGGCGAGAGAGUUGGCAGAUUGCGAUCCAGCCGAACUUGAAGAAGCCCGAUCGGAACUAAUCGCUGUGGAUGAAGACAUCGAGGAGAAGGUAAGGAAGAUUGAGGAGCUUCGGCAGCAACUUCAAGAGUCGGAAGACAGCAUCAGCGCCAUGGCGAGUCAGAAGCAAACUUGCUUGGAGGAAAUCAAGAUCUCCGAGAAGAUUCGGGAGGAAUGCAGAGGCUGGAGCUCGACUGAAAUUAUGGCACUCAAAGCCAAGGUAGAUGAGCUGGAGAGGCAGCAUGGCUGGGCCAUCACCGGCAUCGCGGGCACAACCGUGUCGGCAACAUACCAGCGUGAGAUUGAGCUCGUAUUUGACGUCUCGUCUUUCCAGCCCGGCCAGCAAAAUUCCCGCGUCGAUCUCUGGUAUAUCGCAGGGAACCGGGAAAAUAACCCUGUGGCGGUCACUCCCGAAAAGGAAUUCUUCCUCCAAUGCAUCAGGGAUCAGGUGCGGGGAUUGCAGCAGGCGCAAACAAAGUUGAGCCGCAUGCUUGGCGUGGUCAGUGCGGCGUGGGACAGGGCAAAUGCCGUGGCCAAUCACGUGCGACUUCUCAACGUCACCUUUCCCACCACUGUCACCAAAACAUCGGACACUUCCAUUGCAAUUAAAUCUUCGCUGCUUCUGGUCCCUCUAUCGUCGAAGGUGGAGGUUGUGCUGAAUUUGAACGGCGAGGUCGGCGCCGACGAUGUCGAGGUCGCCAUCGUACCCCAGGCUUCGAUCGUUUACGGGGAGCAGUUCAAGGUCGCCAAGAUGGCCGAGUUCCUGGCGACGCGGAUUGGCAGCAGCGUGAUGGGCAGGAAGGAGAUGCGGGCGGCAGAGUCAUGGUGCGAUGUCGUCGUCGAGCUUCACGGCCGGCUGCUCGCCAGGGGCAAGAGAUGAUUGAAUGACCUGCUAGCGAAACCAUCACCGCACGCAAUGAUUUAUGUAUUUUCAGUAAUUACCUACUUGUUGUUAUUAUAGCCAGCUUUUGUGUCGUGCGAAUCCGAAUCAUUAUCAGACUCCAACGCUUGCUCAAUACUUGAUAUUCAUCUCCUCGUUACAUUUAACUUUGUAAUUGAACUAGGCGUCCG